CUUACAGUAUAGUCACAUGCAUGAGUGAAACAUGAUGAAGGUAUUAAUUUACACGUGAUGGUUUUGUCUGCAACACACCUGAUCUGACAGAUUAGACACACACACACACACACACACACACACACACACACACACACACACACACACACACACACAGUUUGACAGCUGAGAUGGAAAAAGCGUUGACCUACAUUCAAUCUGUCUGCUGCGCUAAACUAACGGGGCCUUUUAAAGUUGCAUUCAGUGUCUGUGUUUUCUGCUGUCUUCAGGUGGACAUUUAAUGUGUUAAAGAACCCAGUGUUAGGUUUGUGUUUUCAUAAAAGUGUUGAGACAAAUGUCACACUGAUUUGCAGUCAUGACUGGAUAAUAAGGCCAGAGGCUCCAAACAAAUAGAAGGUCAAGAAUUAUGAUUAUUUUCCUUUAUCCUGAAAAAAAGUUAAUUAUUCUUAGUAUGAAUUAUCGGUCUCCAUGACAAUGCUACCAACACAGUCCAAAGGUCGCCUAUUUAGACAUAAGCAGAAACGGGUGAGCCAGGGUCACAUGGCUGUCUGUCAGACAGCACCUGCAACCUGAUAGGCCAGAGCCACAAGGUGAAGUCAUUGUAUAGGCUGUUGCUUAGCAAACGGGUGAGAUAAAGAGGAGGGGAGAAGAAAAAAAACAGACAGACAUGAGGAGUAGAGAAGAAGAAACAAGUCAAUGAAGAGCAAGAGGAGGAGAAGAAGGGAAGAGCAGAAGAUUUGAGGAACUAAAGAAGAAAAGACAGCAUUACAUAGAGGACUAAAAGUACGAAAAGAGGAGUGAAAGACAGAGGAAAAGGAGGACUGAAGGCUAAGAAAGAGUUAAAAGAGGGCAGGAGCAAUAAAAAGGAAUAAAAAGGACUGGAAGAAAGAAAACAAGGAGACUACAAGCAAGAGUUCAGGAGUCAGAGGAGAGAGGGAGGAGGUGGACAUGGAUAGGAGUGUGAUCCGGUUCAGUCACUGUCAGAAGGAGAUCUUCUGUUUCUCAGUCCCUGAAGAGUGUCCAAGCUGUGGGGAGGAACUGAGGGGGAGCAGACUGCAGGAGGCGCCAAUCAGCCUCCCCUCCCCCUUUACCAACGGACACAAGAGUUCCUGCUGUCUGCUGGUCGCACCUGCACAUGACAACAUCAACAGGUAUAUACACAGGUAUACCCACAAAACAGGAAAACAUAAGUUAAGGUUCACACAUAACACAUAAUAACCAAUUAUUAUCUACAAAAAACUUACAUAAAACACACAAACAAAGAUAUCCAGAUUUUCAAGUACACAGCAGAUAUCUAAAUACACAGGCACACACACAUGACAGAUAACUGCACACUGGUAUAGACCACAAAGUUACACAAUAGGUUGAUACAAAUACAGAAAUGGCUGACAGCUAUGGACACACUAGUAAAUACAAGUAUUUACACAACAGGUAGAAAUACAAAGAUAUAGAAUAUAAAAGGGUAUAGAAGCACAGACAGUAAAUUCACAUGGGUUUUUAACCCAACAUCAUAAGGUAAAAAAGUGGUACACGCACAAUCGUAACUAUUGCAGGCAUUCACACACAUUGAAUGAAAACAUGUAUACGAACAACAAGUAAGCACACACUUGUAUGCACACAACAGGUAGAUACACAAAAAUAAAAAAGCAGAACAGACUGUGAGAGUAUACCAAGGCAAAAGGAAAAUAUACAUCGGUUUUCACAAAAAACAGUAGGUACGUGACAAUAGUAUACUAAUGAUGACAAAAGAAUAAAACUCAAAGGUAUACACUCUGAGCAAAGAAAUACAGAAAAUUAUGAAUUAAGAUGCUGACACCAAUUCAAAAUGAACACACAAUGUUUGAAAAAGUUGAUAAAAAUAUAAAAACAAAUAUUGGGGGGGAAAAACCAGGGUAUUGACACUUACAAAAAAAACAUCAUUAAACAAGUACAGUGAAAUUCAUAUAAAUACAUUAUCCUGGAUAUUAUAAAUAGUAUAAUUAUUUUCAGUAUAAAUUAUACUAACAGUUAUAAAUUCACCAGAUAAAAGCCAAAUAACAGAAUUACGGAAACAUUUAUUUGAUUCACAAAUGAGGUGGACAAGAACAGAAAUGAACAUUGUGGUACACAUACAGAGAUAAACACACAUCAGGGUUUAAAUAUCCAGUCGUGCAUGUACACAAAAGAUAAAUAUGUUGUACAAAAAGAUAUACUCACAUACAUCAGUACACCUGCAAGUAAACUUGGACACAACAGGAUAACAUAAAACAAAUAAACACACAAAGAUAUAAAUUACUGGUAUAUAAAGACAUAUUUACAUGUACACAGCAGGUAAAUAUGUUCACCACAAAGGUUUAUACACAUAACAUAAGAGGAGUAUAAAGAAAGGCAUAAAUGUAAACAUGCAUACUGUUAUAUUCAGACUGGUAAAUGUGUAAACAACUGGUUAAUAUUCUGUACAUAGGUACACAUAGUAUACACACACACUGUGGUAUACUAACAGGUACACUGCAUGUAAAUAUAUACAGUUAUACACAAACACAAAAGUAUAAUACAUGCAAGCACACACAGUAGGUUAAGGCCCUUAUAGAUAGACUUGUGAAAAGAUACGUUUGUAGCACAAAUAAUUCAUUUCAAAAGAUGUACACAACCUUUACAGAAGAAAAAUGUGAGUAUUCUAGAUUUUAUCAAGGCAGGAUUUAAAAGUUUCACAAACAGAUGUAGACAAGCAACAUAGAAAGUUGCAUUUAUAUUCACACAAAUGAACGCUACACAAGGCUACACACAUAAAUAAGAUUGCUCUUCGAUAACAGGGACACCAGUAAAUUAGCAGUAUAGACCAGUGUGCUUUAUUUAAAUAACUCUAACAAGUGUGUGUCAUGCUGUUGAUUCCUCAGAGAGUUUGGGGGGACGUCAGAGCUUCACACCGGUAUCUCUAACACUACAGGUGAGACCCGAGGGUCAAAGGUCAGGAUGUAACUUAACUUACUAGGCAUACUAACAUGUUAAACAAUGAUGGUGACAUGAUUAAUAAAGCUGUAUGUGUGUGUGUGUGUGUAGGGGUUGUGUAUAACUACACUCAAGGUGGAGUACGUAAAGAUCAGAGUGGGUGGGAGCGCUGUGUCAGUGUUCCUCUGGUUCGACCUGACAUGUUCCACCUGCUGGCUCAGUGGGAUCAGUACCUGGACCGUUUCUCCGAUGGGCCCAUGUGGGACCCUGCCUGGCACAGGUACAUCUCACUCCUGACACAGGUUCAGAGGAAGAUGACUUAUCAGGUGCAUACACUCCUAAAACAAGCAGAGGUACGCCUCAUACCCGACAAUCAUACAUGUACAUGUCUCACCUGGCAAAGACACCAAUACACCUGAAAUUGAUAAGUGUCACAUCCGACAUGGGAACAGGUAAAGCUAUAAAAGCACAUGCCACAUUUAAUACAGUUACAUACCACAGCUGACACAAGUAUGAGUAAGAUAAAACAAGUAUUUUUCACACCUUACAGAAUAAAGCACCACUGACUGCACAGGUACAUCUCGCAUUGAGCAUUACCACAGAUAAAAUCAGCCAGGUAAAUGCAACACCUGACACAUAUAUUGUCCAUCCUUUCACUUGAACUCCUCACACCUGCCACAGGCACGAGAAACUCAGACAGGUGCACAGGUACAUGUAAUACUCAAAUGGUUACAUGGAACAGUUAGUCCUGAUAGUCUGAGCAACCGGCACAAGCACGUGACACACACCACACAGGCACAGGUAAUUGAUAUACGUAAAACAGGUAUACCUUACACCUGUCCCAGGCACAUAUCACACUUGGCAUUGAAACACCUAACACUCAGCACAGGUGUAUGUCACAUUUAACACAGGUAUACUUCACACCUGAAUCAAAAUUAAGUUUACACCCAGCACAGGUACAUCUCACAUCAUAUGCAGAUCAAAGUAACGUCAGACAGGUGUAUGCUGCACAAAACCCAGGUAGACUUCACUUUUAGAACAGGACCGCAGAACACCUGGCACAGGCACAUCUGACAACUGACAGGUUUGUUACACUGGGGAAAAGAAUAUUUUACAUCUGUCUCUGAUUUUCCUCACAACUGGCACACCCAUCACAGAUACAUGGCACACCUGACACCUCUCUCUUUGUGUCCCCUUUUCACUUGUGCCCACCUGUCCUUCUCUUCUGCACACCUGCUGUCUAUUCUAACCUUUCUAUGUCUCCACUGCCCUCCUGUCACCUGUCUUUCUCUCACACCUGUCUACCUGCCUGUCUCUAAGGUUCCACGAGGAGGACCAUAACUGCUUUAGUUUCUGUCUUCAGUUUGUGAACAGCGUCCUGGCGGCAGAAGAGCGGAGCUCCCUGACCAGAGAAACUUUCACUCAUAGCUUUAUCCUGCCGAGGAUGAAGCGGGUAUCCAAAUACAACACACUGUACGAUCACAUCCAGAGACACCGGUACUAUAUGAUUGACAGACAAGAGGACAGACAGGAUGAUACGCCAGUCAGCAGUUAAACCUUUAAGGAC